UGUAGUUCCAUGAAGUUGUGUGCCGAGUGGGUACUGGUGCCGGUCUUGACCCUCGCGUCGCCUUGUAGUGGUUCCUCUCGCGAGAGCCGACAAUAACCAGCCUGGCGCACUAGGGACGUAUUAUUACGCAUACCCUCCUCCAGCGCGCGGGCCGUCUUGACUCUCUUUGCUUAUGCCCAUGCCCCUCACGUCGCGCGUUAUCGCACAUUGUCGGAGUAGUCAAAGAGAAGGGGUGCGGGAAUCUGAGGCAAGCCUAGCUGGAUGUCUAGGGUUGAUUGUGCUCAGGACCAAGCGCCUCUAGGAGCUGGGGUGCGGCGUGGGGUGGAUUCGGAGAUGCGCUUGUCUGAAGCAUUGUCAGACGACUCGGUGGACAAUAGCGCCCUAGGCUUAGACAGCGGAGAAGCUGUGGUCUCGAAUACCACGUCGUCGCCGCGCCACGUCCGCCUUCCGCCAGCGCACGCCAGCGACAACAGCUCCGGAUCCUCAUCCGCUAUACAAUCUCUGACGUCUGCCAGCAGCCUCAGCACGUUGGAGAGCAAGCUGGAUCUGUCGCCAACCGAGGCAUCUGCAACACGCGGUUUGUUGCGCGACAGCUUCUUCGGCGAGUGGAAGGAUGAUACAGCGGGACUCGAGUCUGAAAGUCCCGAAGACAUGCAGAAGAACGAUCCGCUAGGUACGCAGAUAUGGAAGCUGUAUCACAAGACCAAGGGCCAGUUGCCCAACUCGGAACGACUGGAGAACCUUACGUGGCGCAUGAUGUCGAUGAACCUGCGUCGCAAGGAAAUGGAGCGGAAAAGUCUUGCCGCUCGCAACCAGCCGAAUGCGCCGAGUGGCAUUGCCCAGCUGCGCCAGUCGUCUGAACAAGUCAACAUUACCAGCCCGGACUCGGACCGCAUGAACCUCGAUGACUUUAUCGUGCCUUCCUCAAUUGCUUCGCCCGCCACCGAGCAAGAACCUCCCACACCAGCACCUGCACCCGCGGCCGCAUCUGCCGCCACUGCUUCGGCCAUCUCAAUCAAGCAGCAGCAGCAUCGAAGGCUGCAGGCGCAGGAGCUGUCGCUCGCUCGUGCCUCCGCUCCCUCCCUGCCGCCACUGGAGCAAAGUCGAGCCAAUGACGAAUUCGCCUACGUACCCAGGCACGUGCGCAAGACGAGCAUUGAUGAGCGAAGGCCUCACAAGCGACGCGCAGAAGCAUCGCCGCAGGUGCCACCCGUCAACAGCGCUUCGAUGGUGUCACACGACCCCGCCGACGAGGCGGCUUUACACAACUACACGCUUGACCCGACUCCGACAUUACUGCCUUUGCAGCAGCCGCAAGCGCAGCAUCCUCCAUUACCCUUCAAUCUCAGCACCUUCGAUCUCGACAAUGACCCCAUCAUCAAUUCCGCCGGACCUAUGCAACAGCACUUCACCUUCUCGCCCGUGGGCUCCCCGUCUUUUACCGGCAGUCCGUUUAACCAGCUCUACCAUCAAGGCACGUCAAUGGCACCUCUUCAAAGUAUAUCUACCUUUCAGUCUCCGCAGCACUCGGCGUAUCCGUCGACAGUCUCGACUCCGCAGCCAAUGGCUGAGAGCGGCGACAGUAUCUUUUUCGGCGGCGGCGGCUCUCAGCUACACCCCGGUCAUGGCUCCAUGUCCAACUUCCAGCACCGGAGCUUGAAUCCGCCGUCAGUGCAGUCACAGCAACCGCAACAAUUCAUCUUCAACCCGAAUGCAGAAACGAUGUUCAGUGCCAUAUCGAGUAGCACGCCUUCGCAUGCUUUCAGCAACCCCACUUUUCAAGUUCCCGGACCUCUCGACAUGCCGCAAGGCGUUUCGGGAGAUUUCAACCAGCAGACUGCCAUGCAGCUACCACAUCACGACAAUAUGUUCUCAUUCGGGGGGGACUCGGACGAGGACGAAGAGGCUGCUCAAGUGCAUGACUCGCAAAUGUUCAUGCAACAAGGCUACCCACAAAUGGACGGAUCUGGGAUGGAGAUGCCGGGCAAUUACCAAUGGGAAAUCUCGAUGCCAGAACAGUACCAACAGAACGCGCAGUAUCUGGGUGGACCGCCCAGGAAGGCCGUGACGAUUGGCUCGACCGAGAUGAUUCCGUCUCCUGACUGGGAUGAUGGGCUGCACAGAGGCCAUGGCUCUACUGCAUCCGUAAGCGAUAUUCGAAACCGUGGAGGUGACCCAAGGACAAGGAAGAUACCGCGGACGACCUCGACACCAAAUACGGUGGGCAUGGCCACGGGGAUGUUCUCCAUCCGCACACAGUCCUCUCCUUCGUCUCCACCCGAGUCUGGAUUUGCGUCUACCGUCCCUUCACGCCCUGGGAGCCCAAGACAAGGUGGCGACAAUGGCGGCGUCCCAACCACCUGCACGAAUUGCUUCACGCAGACGACACCACUGUGGCGCCGUAACCCGGAGGGUCACCCGUUGUGCAAUGCUUGUGGCUUGUUUUUGAAGCUGCAUGGCGUGGUGCGCCCACUCAGUUUGAAAACUGAUGUGAUCAAAAAGCGCAACCGCGGCAGUGGCAACUCUGGCCCGGUCGGCAGCUCAAGGUCGAAGAAAGGUUCUAGUCGCAAGAAUUCUGUUGCUCAGACUGCAACGAUUACGCCGACAUCUGCUAAGGGCUCGAAUAAUGAAGGUGACUCGCCGAACUCCGCAACAGGUUCCGCAGGCUCCGCCACGGCCGCCACGACCCCAACAAGUUCCGGUGUAGCGGAAAAGCCGGUCAAGACUGUAGUGCCUAUCGCGCCUGGUCCGCCAAAGCCGCCUUCACAACCGUCGACCUUGGCUCCUACCCGCGUGAUGGCACCACGCAAAGCGAGGAGGCAGAGCAGAGCCGGCGCUGCUCUAUUGUCCGGGGACACCGAGAUGCAAGAUGCCGAGGGAAGCAGCCCCGAGAAAGGUAGUCUUGGAAGCCAACGAGAUCUCGCGCCCACGCCAAUGCCCUUGCUACCUAACCUGAUGCCUCAGCCUCCGCCCCAGCAACAAAACAUGAUGCAGAUGCAAGGCCAACCAAUGGGCGACAUGGGGGGUCUGCCUAUGCAAGGCCCAAUGCUGCCCUUCGAUGCUAACGGACCUCUUCCUCCAGGUGUUCACCCUGGCAUGUUGACCGGACCUCAGGAGUGGGAGUGGUUGACGAUGAGCUUAUGAGCUCACGCUGUAGAUGUUCGCCAUCUUUUGGAUGGCUCUAUUUCACUGCGCUUUCGCUUUUGGCUAUGAUACCCAUGGUUGUGGCUGUGGCUGUUGGAUGACCAACAUUUACCACGACGUAUAGAUGGCAGAUGGUAAAGACGAGCUUCGAGAGGAUCUCAUUGUAUAUAGAACAUGCCGUCGCUCGAGAGGGCUUUGAGGGAGUGCGCCGCUAGCGGGCGUAAACAGGCAGGCGGUCGUUAUAGUGUGAGCGAGGUGCUGCCAUGUCGCCAGAGCAGAGCGUGCCGAAUGCUACGAGUAAUGACAUUGAUCAGGUGAUACUUAUCUUCUAAAUGCUCCAUUAGUCGAGG